UAGUGUUUAUUGUAUUUUCGAUCUUAUGAUGGUGACUUCACUGUUGUCAUUCUUCUAAAGAAGUUUUCCUCGUUAUUUCAGUAAUUAAUAAGGUGUGGCAGAAAUCACCAGCUGAAAUGGAUUGACUGUACAAGAGUAUGCUUACUAGCCGUUCGGGCACUACCCAGUGUUAGUACAGGAGGAAACCGGGGAAUGGAAAGCUGUGAUGUUUGGUAGUGCAGAUCACACUGGAUAACAUCCUUCUCACGUGUGUCCAGGUUGAGGCUCGAACCCAUCACAUAUUGAGUAUGAUGGUAGGCUGAUAAAUAAUGUCUGAAGCAGCCAAUGCCAGCCACCUACACCAGCUGAGUAUCUCAGCUGUUAGUGGGGAUUUAUCUGGCAUAAGCAGCCUCUUCAACAAACCAUCAGCCUAUGUGGAGUUGAUGGUGGAUGGUGUGCAGCAGAAGAAGACACAACAAGUUAAACAUAAUGCUCAUCCUAAGUGGCACGAAACAUUCACUGUAUUGGUAACCAAAGACUCCGUGCUGGUAUUUCGGGUCAGUGAUCACCACACACUGGUACGAGACUCCCUAAUUGGAGAAGCAACUCUUAACCUAGCUGAUGUGGUUGCAAGGAAUGAUGGCAAGUCCACCUCCUGUCACACACUGUCUCUCAAUCCACCGAACAGCAACACACCGUCAGUUGUUUCCCCGACUCCUACUAUCACUGUCACACUUGACGGUCUUCGCAAUUUGAUGACCAGAACGAGGGAAGCUAAUGUCACCCAUCCCACAGUAGUAAGUGUUAGCGGCGGCAAUGUUAGCGGUGGCAGUGUUAGCGGCGGGAACACUGUAACACUUCUUGUAGGAGGCAAAACUCCCCCACCUAUACCACCGCCUCCGAGGCAGAACCAGUCAGAAGCGUUACUACCGUCAGCUGGUAGUGCGCCCUCCACAGUGUCCACCAUCACCCAUACAUCAGGGAUGCAAACUCCAAAGACACAACUCCCAGCGAUUAACAGUGAUGGUCAGACUGCACAUCCAAGUGUUCGGUUUAGGCAGGGCGUCGGUAACGGAUCGGCCGUAUUAGUGCUCGGAGGAGAGAGUCCCACUGAAGCCACCGGGAGUCAAAAUGGAACUACAACCAGUACCCCAAAUGGACCAACCGGGACUCCCAGAUCUUCCUCUUCUACUCCUACAGCCACACCAGUUACAUCUCAAGCCAAUAGUAACCAAGGGACACACCCAACAUCUGCAACAAGUACUAGCACUGUCAACGGACAGCUUCCUACAAGUGCAGUCUCUUCAGCUUCCUCUUCUCCAGUACCCAGACUUGCUCCCCCUGUGGUGGCGCCCAGAGCUGCUACUCGACACCACCGAGCCCAUAAAAAUAAACGCAACUCAGAUGGUAGUAAUAGUGCAACUCCGGCCAGUGGUAGUGUUGGUGGUGGCAGCGGAGGAAGUAGCAGUAACGGCGCUGGAGGUGGCACCGGAGGAAGUAGCGGAAGUAGUAACAAUACUAGUCAACCUAAUUCAACAAGUGGUGAAGAACCUCUUCCUCCUGGGUGGGAAAUGAGAUAUGAUCAGUACGGUCGACGUUAUUAUGUAGAUCAUACAACACGGUCCACCACGUGGGAGAGACCCAAGCCACUACCUGCAGGCUGGGAGGCGCGUAGAGACCCCAGAGGGAGAGUCUAUUAUGUUGAUCAUAACACACGGACAACCACUUGGCAACGACCAACUGUAGAAAAUAUUAGGCAAUUUGAAGAGUGGCAAGGUGAGCGGCAACACAUCGCCCAACUAAGUUCACAGCGAUUCCUUUAUCCCAACCAAAACCAAGAAACAGACGCUAAUGAUCCUCUGGGACCCUUACCAUCUGGUUGGGAAAAACGACAGGAGCCAAACGGUAGAAUUUACUUUGUUAAUCACCGUAACAGAACAACUCAGUGGGAUGAUCCACGGACACAAGGCAUGGUCCUGGAGGAAGAGGCUCUACCACCCGGUUGGGAAAUGCGACUCACAGAAGAUGGCCGCCAAUAUUUUGUUGAUCACAACUCCCGGCAGACAACCUUCCAAGAUCCCCGGCCUGGAGCCAAACAGAUCAGUGCCAACAGGGGACAUUAUGGGAUUCCAAUGGUGUACGAGCGAUCCUUUAGGUGGAAGUUGGGACAGUUCCGCUACCUAUGUCACAGUAAUGCCGUCACAGGUCACAUCAAGAUCAGCGUCACUCGGCAGACUCUGUUUGAAGAUUCAUACCAUCAAGUGAUGCGACUUCCAGCUUAUGAGUUGAGGAGACGGCUUUUUAUCAUCUUCAGAGGAGAGGAUGGACUGGAUUAUGGAGGAGUAGCAAGAGAAUGGUUCUUCCAGUUGUCCCAUGAAGUUCUCAAUCCCAUGUACUGCCUGUUUGAGUAUGCCAAUAAGAACAACUACUCCCUGCAAAUUAACCCAGCAUCAGAAGUCAACCCAGACCAUUUAACUUACUUCAAGUUCAUUGGUCGCUUCAUUGCAAUGGCUCUGUACCACGGCAAGUUCAUCUACUCUGGGUUCACUAUGCCUUUCUACAAGUGUAUGCUCAACAAGAAGCUCACCAUGAAAGAUCUCGAGUCCAUUGAUCCAGAAUUCUACAACUCUUUAUGCUGGAUUAGAGAUAACAAUAUUGAGGAAUGCUGUCUGGAGAUGACCUUCUGCACAGACUUUGAAGUGCUCGGCAAAAUUUCGGAAGUGGAAUUGAAAACUGGCGGCAAAGAUAUCCAGGUUACGGAGGAGAACAAAGAGGAAUAUAUUGAGUUGAUGAUGCAGUGGAGACUGACGCGCGGGCAGGAGGCUCAAACUCGAUAUUUUCUCGAAGGUUUCUCAGAAGUGGUGCCUUUAGAGUGGUUGAAAUAUUUCGACGAGAGGGAACUGGAACUGCUGUUGUGUGGUAUGCAGGAGAUCGACAUUAAUGACUGGCAGAAGCACACCAUUUACCGGCACUACAACCGGUCAUCCAAGCAAAUUAUAUGGUUUUGGCAGUUUGUAAGAGAAAUUGAUAAUGAAAAGCGUGCAAGGUUGCUCCAGUUUGUGACCGGAACCUGUAGAGUUCCAGUUGGAGGCUUUGCUGAGCUAAUGGGGAGUAACGGACCACAAAAAUUCUGCAUUGAAAAGGUAGGGAAGGAGACUUGGCUGCCGAGGUCUCACACGUGCUUCAACCGUCUCGACUUACCUCCCUACAAGUCCUAUGAACAGUUAGUGGAAAAACUGACCUUCGCUAUUGAGGAAACUGAAGGAUUUGGUCAGGAAUAAGAUGAAUUAUUUUAUAUUUAAUUUUUUCUCUUAUCAAAUGCAGUGCAGUAUAUAUGAAAAUGAGCACUAACGUGGAUUUUCUUUUAAAAAGGAAAUUGCACAUUGCACAUGCACAUGACCCAAGACAUGCAUCACACACACACACAUACACCCAUAUAAGUGCACAGUACAAAUACACACACAUACACACACACACGGUUAUUUGUUUGUUUGAAAAAAUAAAGCAAGUCCGUUUUGAUUAUCUGAAUAGCAGGAAAUGGUGGAAAAAACAGUAUUUUCCUCCAGGUUGUGUUUCACUGCCCAUGUUUAAGCUGUCACAAGUAGCAUUUGGUAGUUCUUUAACCUGCCGUGGUGAUUCAUUUACUGUAAUGCUUUUAUAUGGUAUAACUGAUUUUAAUUUAAUAAGUGUAAUGGAUCAGUAAUAUGAAAGAUUUGAUUUGGGGCAGAAAUCUGUUACGAGUUCAUAGAAAUCUGUCAUGAGUUCAUACAGCAGUGAUGAUUGUGAUGAUUAUUGCUUGGAUAAGACCCUCCAUGUCAAAAUAACAAAUUAAAAUACCUAUUGAACUGUUUUCCUGAGGCGUGUGUUUAAUCCUUCGGCUUUCCUUAGUUUUGUUGUCCUUGCCUUUAAGUGGUAACCUAUUUUGUUAACUUGUCAUAGUGUUUGUUGGUACAGUAUACUCUUAUUAUAGUACUACUCUUUAUCAAUGGUUUGUCAUAUCACAAGUAAUUAUUGUUUCUGGCAGGCAAAUUAUCUGUAAGGCUUUUAGAUAUGAAUAGAUGAAUUGCCUGAUUAACUCUGAUCACUUGCUUGUAAUGACUGGAGAUGGCUUUUUAUUUUUGUCAUAUCAUCAUCAUCAUCAUGAUCAUCAUCAUCAUCAUCAUCAUCAUCAUGUGCAGAUCUGUUGCAGUGAAAUUGAGUACCUGGUUAAAUAUUAUCCUUGUAGCAUCCAAUCAUAUGUGUAACUAGCCGGUCCAUCACAGUUGGUCAGUUGUGCUAAGUAUUCCACCCCUUCCCCCCUAUCAAUAUAUCAGUGACUAUGCCAGUCUUAAUAGUAUUCAGCAUCCCUCACCGCUAAUGUCAUUCAUUGUUUUAGGAAUCUCUAAUAUGAACUUAAUAUUACUGAAAUCUUGGGAACUUUGGUUGAAGUAUAUUGUACUAAAUUGGCUAGAGCGGGAUUCUUUUGCCUCAUUGUUUAUGCAAGGGGGAAGGGAGUACAGUAUGAUGUUAUUUAUAUUUAUAAAUACAUGUAAGGAGAAAAUAUUUCUAAAUAUAAUAUAUAUAGUAUAUAAAUAUAACCAUAAAUAUAUUAAAAGACUAUAAACACAGUUAAUGGUAGGAGUAAUGAGCAACAGACACAACUACAGUAGUUAAGUCAAACCUUGUCACCAGUUGGAGGAAGUGGUCUAUAAUAUAAAUGUUCAUAUAAAAUAUUAGGAAUAUAUUUUCUUGUAUCACUCUGUUCCAUAUUAGUAAUCAUCAUGCUUAUUAAUGUGCCAAAAUGGAAAUUGAUGAAAUUUGCAAUCAACUCUGGAUCUGAGAAUAUUUAUGAUAUUUUUGGGACUUUUAGUGAGUUUUUCAAAUGUUUAAUUAAGAUAUACCGAGUCAGGUCAUUGACUGAAUAUUUAAUAUAAAAGAUUUAUACUUGGACUACUAUUGGUACAGAAUGCUGCUAUGGAUUAAACUUUGGCUUAAUGUUUUAAUUAUAUGUAAAGUUAUGGAGUGUUACUUAUUAUCAUCUCAUGUUUGUCUGUCUGUCAGUAAAUGUAUUUCAUAAUUAUUGAAAUGGGGUGGAGAAGGUGCAUUAAACUUCACCAAAAUAUAGUACAGUAUAUAUAAAGAAUAAGAAAAGAAGAAAAUAAAGCCUGCAGCACAGUAUUUAUCCUCAGUUGCAUUAAUUGAUGAAGCAAAUCAAGGCUUAUACUCUUUACUUGAACAUUUUACUUCCAUUCAGUUGAUUCAUCUCUGUCACUACUACUAUCUUCUGCACCAGUAGGCUUAGUUACUGGUCAGUACCAUCCCUUCUUCAUGCUCCACUCAUCUAUAUUGAUUCAAUCCAUUUACAGUGAGACCUCCGUGUAACAGCCUUCUAUCUCCAUAUGAUCCAUUAGAUAGGGGUUUCACAUCUAAUGGGCCCUCAAUAUAAUGGAUUUUCAUCUCUAUAUAAUUCAUUAGAUGGAGGUUUCACAUAUAAAGGAUCCUCGAUAUAACAGAUUAUCCUUUCUAUAUAGUCCGUUAAAUAGAGCUGUCACCGUAUGUUCGUUUAACUGCAGACAAAUCUUUGGAAGAGAAUAUAUUUAAAAGAUUCUCAACCCCUUUUUUUUUUACCCUAACAGUGGCCAAGUGAAAGUAUCUAGUUAAGGUUAGUUUCAGAAAUCUUGUUAUCUCUUCAGACCACUUGGAAAUACAGUAGCACAUCCCUUUGCUUAACACGGGGGAUGCAUUGCCAGAAAAUGCGACGUAGAGUGAACUCGUGUUAAGUGAGGGGGCAGUGUACUAUAUAUAAUGCUAUGUAAAAGUGGGAUUACCAAAAGGAACGACAUCUAGCUGUAAAAAUUUCCAUACCAUCAGGAAAUCACUGAUAACUCAAGACACCCUUGGAAAGAUGUCCUAAAAUGGGGACGAUGAUGAUGAUGUUAAUGAUACCUGUACAGUAUAUAAUUUUGAUGUUAGUUUUGGAUGUCCAUAUUGUAUUAAUGUGACCUAUUUUCUGGAAUUAUUAUCCUUAUAUUUCUGUUAUGUUUUCAUCAUUAGCAGUCAGUGUGAGUCCAGAGAAUGAACAUGCAAGCAGUAUUUAGUUCCCCCCAUAUCAGUUUUGUCUACUACUACAGUUCACUAAUGUUUUGAUUCAUAAUAUUAUAGCAUUUUCAGCCUUUAGCACAUACAGUAUACCUUUGAUAUAACAGACUUCUCUCUUCAUAUAUUACGUUAGAUGGGGUUUUUCACAUCAAACAAACCCUCGAUAUAACAAACUUUCUUCUCUAUAUAGUCCAUUAUAUCGAAGUCCAUUAGAUAUGAAACCUCUGUAUAAUAGACUAUAUGGGAGAGUGCAGUCCAUUAGAUGUCAAACCCCUAUAUGACGGACUAUACCCGUUAGAUUGAUGUGUUUUUAAUGCAGGUUUUACUGUACUGUACUGUACCUCACAAUGUUUCAAUUUGCCCAACAAACUACAGUACAGUAAAACCUCUAUAUAAGGGACUUCUCUCUCCAUAUAAUUUGUUAGUUGGGAGUUUCACAUCUAUUGGACCUUCGAUAUAACGGUACUACUUCUCUGUGGUCCGUUAAAUAGAGGUUUUAUUGUAGUACAGUACAUACUGUAUGUUGUUUUACUGUAUGGAUCAUUAUAGUUCAGAGUUAUUAAAGGUUUACUGUAUGGAUCACUCCCUAUAAUUUACCGUAGUUUAAAGGUACGUAAGAUCUUUUGGAAGGUAAAACUUGUUUCGAAACAUACAGUAUUAUUGAGGAAAAUCUUGUUCCAGUGCUGAUCUUUUGAGGAAAUAUUAACAGAAGUCCAGUCACCCCACAAAAGUACUGUCGUCUCUCCGGAACCAAGAACCCCCGAGAUUCAGACUCGUGUGAAUCCAAAGCAUUUAUGGAUAGAACAAUGUAUCAGUGUCUUCUGUUUUGGGUUCACCAGUCUGAAUCUCGGGGGUUGGUGGUUCGGGAGGAGUGACGACAGGACUUUUGUGGGGUGACUGGACUGUACAGUAAAUAUCACGAGAGGAAGAGUUGAGCACCAAGUUCAAAGUCUGUGACAAAAGUCAAGGUCACUAUUUAAGGUCAUAUUUGGCAUUAGGUGUUGUAUGUUAGUUUUAUAUUCUUAUUCCUGGCAUUAACUUGCUCGAGAUGAUAUUUUUGUAUAAUAAUUUUGAUCAAUCACUGUUGAUUAUGCAGUAUUUAGCUAAAGUGUAAUUACUGUACUUUUUAAGCUAUUUAAUUUAUAGAAUAAUCAUCGCUUUUUUAGGUAUACACUUAAAAAUUUAUGUUCUAAAGUUACAGUUCUAGCGGCCUUAGAUAUUAGUUUGAGCCGAGGCAUAUUGUGAGCCAUAUUAUUUGAAGAUUCUAACUAGCCUUAUACCACAAAUAUGGUCGUUCAUUCUCUUCGUGAAUCGAUUUACUUCUACGGGCAUACCUCUUAGAAAGCUGUUUCGCUAUAAUACUUGCUUCAUAUGGAGGAAAUAUUUACCGUUAAACCCCCCCAAAAAUGCAUCAAGUCUACAACAGAACUCGGACGUUCUGCACGAGACAACACAACACCUAACACUUCUGCUUUCCCCGAGCUGGGUUGUUCGACAAAUGAGUGGCGUACAUUGAUUACUACUUGGCCAAUCAACCAUGACGUCACGCCCCUCAGUUUUGAAAGCAACUCCUAGAUGUGUGUUUACUCUACCCUGGUCCUAACUUUUUGAUUUAUUGCUGACUCAUUUUUUCUGGUAAAAAGUCUGCAUGUGAUACUGCUGGGUGAAUGGCCUCAGCGUGGUUGUAAAAAUGGAGUUCAUAAGAUAAUGAUAAUAUUUAUUCAGUCAAGUUUGUUAUACAGGUUUACAAUUAGAUAGGCAUGUUUAUAAACUAUGCAGUUAUACAGUCCAGCACGAAUAUAGACAAAGUAGGUAUAUGGUGCACGUAGGCCGUGGGAGUAUUGUAAAGUACCGGGUAUAUGGUUUCCUGUGUUAAUUAAUGACAGUAAUAAACGUUAAGGCAAUUUGUCCAAGGAUAGCCAACAAAGCUUAUUUCCAGGAGGGUCCUUAGCUUAGCCUGGUGACCCGCAGGUUGAUAGAGGUAGCACAGACAAUAUCUUGGGUAUGGCUACAUCAAUCAUUUAAAUCAUUUUCAAGAACACAGAGAAGACAAGGGCUUCUAUCCAAUCCACCAAUUUACUGGAGAAGAUGGAUAACCUGUUGGUGCUCCAUGUAGGUGGUUAAAGACCAUGUUAGAAUCGAUGGCAAGUAGUGGUCAGUCUUAAUCCCAUCCUCUUGACUGCGAGCACUGAAUUAUUGAAACAAACCCAAUAUAUAUAUAAUGUAUAAUAUUUUAAUAUUUUUUCACAUAUAAAGUAUCACUUUUAGGACUUAUUUCACUCAUAGGUUAGAUGGUGCUGCUGUGAACUCAUCCCUAUCGGAACCAAAUCAUACAGUACUUAGAUAAGACAUAGAAAAACAACAAUAAUAAUAAUAAUAAAUGGUUCAUUGGGUGUUGUAGGGUCCCUUUAUGUUUCCUCCACAGUACAGUAAUUUGAGCCACUGUCAUGAGUAUUUGUUACUUUAUCUACAGUAAAAUCUCCAUAUAACGGACUUCUCUCCCUAUAGAAUCCAUGAGAUGGGAGGUUUCACAUCUAGCCAACCCUCGUUAUACAGUCAUGGACUUUUAUCUCGCUAUAGUUCGUUAGAUGGAGGUUUCACAUCUAACGGACCCUCGUUAUAAUGGACUUUUAUCUCGCUAUAGUUCGUUAGGUGGGGGUUUCACAUCUAACGGACCCUCAGUAUAAUGGACUUUAUUCUCCAUUUAGUCCGCUAAAUAGAGGAUUAGCUAUAAUUGUUAAACUGAGGGUAAAGUGUCACUGCUGGUGAUAUUUGGAAACUGAAUAUGGUAGUUUGAGAUUCAGUGACUUUUAAAUGGGCAGGAAAAAUAAGUUCACAGAGCGUACACACCUAUUCUGGGCUGGACAGUCGUGACAUACAGUAAGUGCACUGUACAUAGUUAGUGUAGGUUAGGGUUUCAUAAAGGAGGUUGUUAAUGCAGUUUGUGGAUUUGGUAUGAUUUUUUUCUUCGUUAUUAUUAUUACAGUACAUGGUAUUAUUAUAUUCCUGUCCUCACCUUUUUUUUUAGCUUUUGUGGUGUUAUAAUUUUCCUUAUACAGUAUUUUAUUUAUAUAUGUAGCGUACAGCCUAUGUUUCCUCGGUUGCACUCACAUAUGGGUCCACACAACAGUCUAUCAAGGCCACACACUUGAUUAUUCCCAAGCACUUUGUUGUUUAUUCCUUGUUUUUAUAUUCUACAUGUCUAUGGUGACUUUAAUACAAGUAUAUUGUUUAUAGUUUUUUCUACUGGUAGUACACAACAGCACAUUGCCUUGGUAUUGGUGCACGUAUAAAUCUUUCUACGUCGCUGCUUUCUACACUACGAUGUUAACAAUUAGAGGGACCAUUGGUGUAUAUCAAUAAUUAUUUAAUUAUACUGUAUUGUAUACAGUACCAUUCUUUUUAGUGAUGGUUGUACAGUAUAGGA